CAGCGGAGAAGAAGUUGGUGUAGCUUCGACAAACUUCAGACACCAUACUGUUAAUGUAGGUAGUAAGGAGGGCUAAAACAGGGCGAGACCGUUAGUUAAUUUAAUUUUUGCCCACGUUAAUUGUCAUGCCAAGUUUAUUGUCAUUUAAUGUUUAAUGUAAGGUGUCUUUAUUACUAAAUCUACAUAGUUUAUAAGACAAGGGACAGAGCGAGUGGUUCUGGAUUUACGCUCCACUCAUGACCAUCUAGUCACCGUGUCCAACCGUCGCCACUCCUGGCCGGGCUUUUGGGUCAUUUUCUUCUCCCGUAGUUAAAUAAAUAACUGUUAAUCUCUCGACUGUCUGGCAUCCUCCUCCUGGUGGUCUGUAUGAACCGUGGCGAGGCAACGACGAGGGGUCGGGGGCUCCACCAUCGGAGCCGGGCUUCAUGAUGAAGACAACGCGAGGGGGACGUCUGUUCCUGGCGACGUGCCUCGGCUCGCUCUUCGUCCUCGUUCUUUACUUUCAGAGCAUCACUAAACCAGAACCUGCUUUGAAGACAGGAAGCAGACCAGGAAAAAGCAGGAGAAGUCCGCUGCAGACCCUCUACAAAGGAGACCAGCAGCUGGAGCUGUCUGCAGCUCAGAGGUCCCUUCAAGGCCGCAGGGAGCUGUUGGAGAAGGCAUGUCUGAGCCACACAAGGAAGCGCCGGGUGCUUUCGCCUGAGGACCUGAAACACCUCAUUGUGGAUGAUAAACACAGCCUCAUUUACUGCUACGUACCCAAGGUAGCCUGCACCAAUUGGAAGCGUGUCCUCAUGGUCCUUACCAGUGAUGGUCGUUACACUGACCCUCUCGCCAUUCCUGCCAACGAGGCCCACGUCGCAGGUAACCUCCGCACGCUCUCAGAGUUCUCAGCCGUGGAGAUAAACCAGCGCCUUCGCAGCUACCUCAAGUUCAUCUUUGUGCGGGAGCCCUUUGAACGGCUCGUAUCAGCAUACCGGAACAAGUUCACGCGUAGCUACAACACUGCCUUCCACAAGCGCUACGGAACCAAGAUCAUCCGCCGGCACCGGCCCAACCCCAAGCCCGAAGCCCUGGAGAAAGGGAAUGAUGUGUCUUUCCGCGAGUUUGUCCAGUAUCUUGUCGACCCCCGGACACAGCGGGAAGAACCUUUCAAUGAGCACUGGGAGCGGGUGCACACUCUGUGCCAUCCCUGUCUGAUCCACUACGAUGUUGUGGGAAAGUACGAGACCCUGGAGCCAGAUGCCCAGGCUGUGCUCAGGUUAGCCGGAGUUGAGGGGACGGUUAAAUUUCCAACAUCUGGCAAGAGCACCCGGACCGACGGCGACAUGGCGGCACACUUCUUCAAGCAUAUCAGUCCUUUCUCUCAGAAGAAACUCUUCAACCUGUAUCGCAUGGACUUCCUGCUCUUCAACUACUCCACGCCAGAGUUUCUCAGGACUCGAUGAACCGCAGAGACAAGAGGACUGAUAAUAAAUUUUUGGUUUCCAUGGGAAUUUCUGCCUGGUGUGCUGCAUCACAAGAGCAGACUUGUCACCCUGAUCCCAAAGAAAAACGUUUGUGGAGUGUGACUAGAAGUUUUCAUCUUCCUGAACACGGAAAUGAUUCAGAAUAAAUCCAAAAUUCUGCCUGAGAAAGAACAUGCACUCUAAUCUGCUAAACAUCAACCACGUGGAUCUGUUUCUUUUUCUUUUGGUAGAGCAGAAAGCAUAAACUCUUUACAGAUCCUAUCUGUAUUUAUUUCCAUUUCUAAGACAUUACUUUGUCAAACUGAGAAAACCUCGCUUUGACUUUAGUUGCUGGUGAAAUUGCCUCGCCAGUGCUCGUGCUGUGCCCACUACAGUGAAAAUCCUAUCAUUGCAUUUCUCUUCUGAGAAAUAAUGAGCUGCAAAUGAAAGCCAGACUUCAGAGGAGCCGGUUCUCUUCUCGCAGGUGAAUGUGCUGACUGUGAAACUGAGCACAGCAGAUUGUUUCAGAGCACCUAUUCAAGGCCUUUAUUUAUGUCUGUCAGCACAGAAAAUAUUUAUUGUUAAACAAAGUGAGGUUGUAGGCUCAUCGAGUGAAAAUAAUAUAUAUCAGAGUAAGAGUGGACAUUAAACUGCAUGGAAAGUUUCUUCUUGUCUUCAUAUUUAUACCAAGAAAAAAAAAUCCUCCGGACAGUUUUAAACUCAUCCUCAUGUUGUAAAAAGAGCACGCAGAACUCGGCUAACUGGUAAUCUAAACGAACAUCUGAGUCAUUAACUCGCAGCCUCUCCUUCAUUUCAGUGCCAGCGUUUUGGCAUCCCUCGUCUAUCACUGUCUGCAUUUAGCUGUGGGCAGGUAGGCUGAACAAACAACCACAUAGCUGUGGUCACAGCUGGGUCCAGCCCAGUGCUACCCCGAUCAGAGCUGCCCUUGUUGGUGUGAAUGCAGGCACGUGAAGGGUUAAUCCACCUACAGUCAUUGCACUGCAGGGCCUUGUUUAGCAAAUGUGUUGAAAUUUAUGGAGAAAUAAUUUGGGGCUUAUUAUAGGAAAAGGUUUAUUAAUGGUCCGUACUGUCUUCUGCCUAAAGGGAAAAUCCCCCAUUUUUACUCAUCUGUUACAGGUCUAGUGGAAUUUUACUGCAUGUGUGAAGACGUUCAAGAUCAUCUUUAAAACCAGGAAACCAAGAGGUUUUUACAAUUUAAUAUGAAGCAGAUGAUUGAGCUGAAAAUAGUAAAAGCUACUAAUAAAAAUGGAAAUAUGUAGAUAUUUUCCACGUCUAAAAGACAGAAAUAAAUGAAGCUUCAGAAUAUGUUGGAGGUUUUUCAGGGUGUUGGUGCAGAGUAAAUAAAACUGGAUUUACUGAGUAAAAA